AUGGCCGAAGCUGUAGCAAGCACUUCAGCCCCCGGUGCAGCUAGCGGAACGCACCGGAUUGCACCCCUUCGGGGAACUGAGAAUUAUAAUAUGUGGCGCAUACAGAUGGAAGACAUAUUAUCAGAUCUUGAUCUAUAUGGCUACGUAAACAAGACGAUUAUUGCACCUAGCAAGACUGUACUGAAAACCGAAAGAAACCGGAAAGAUGACGAGGGCAAACCAUUGCCCGACUAUGAAUAUACAGCAACUAACGACGAGUACACGAAAUGGGUUAAAGCCGACCGAAAAGCAUUAUCUAAUAUAAGAUUAAGAGUCGACGGAAGUGUACUAAACCUAAUACAAGGAUGCACAACGUCCGCCGACGCUUGGAACGCCCUCGCGACGACUUACCAAGUCAAGGGAACGGUCGGACUCAUUGACCUACAAAGAAAGUUUUUCAGUCACCGAAUGACUGAUGGCGAAGACAUUGAGGAACACAUCCAACGCAUGCGCGGAUGGUUCCAGCGAAUAAACAAUAUUAGUCCCGGCUCAUGCACUGAAGCCGACUGGAUCACAACAUUGAUUGCGAGCUUACCUGACUCAUGGGAUUCAUUCUCCCAAUCAGUAAGUUUCCAAUUCGAUUUACAAGAUAACAGCGCGUUAUCAAACCAAGUAAAUGACAUUAGAUCGCGCACAACAGCCGAAGCACAUAGAAAGAAUGCCCGAAACCCAGAAGGGAAAGCAUUCUUUAGUACAAACAAAGCAAGCUUCAAUAAACCUAUACGUACCGGCAGUAAGGGACCAGAUAAGUCCAAGUCUAAAUGCAACAACUGCGGUAAGAUAGGACACUGGGCAGCCAAAUGUAGGGGCCCAGGUGGAGGUGCAUACAAACCCGGUCAGAACAAUGGCAAAGGAACAAAUAGAAAGUUCAACGCACCAAACAAAGCCCGAAACGGCAAUGCAAGGACGCAUAUAGCCGUUGAGGACAAUAACAGCCGUGCCGACUACGCGUUCUCAACCCUUGAGAAUUCGAAUAUAUAUGGAAGUAAGCCAACAAACACCUGGAUCGCCGAUAGUGGAACGACGACUCACAUAGCAAACAAUAGAAGCCUAUUCAGUGAGUAUAAUCGAUCGACAGGAUAUGUUACAGGCGUGACUGGUAAGGAGCCCAUAUUGGGCCGAGGUACAGUGGAGCUAUUAUGCUUAGCCGACCCAGACAAAGAUGAAUAUAGAAGUAUCAAACUUACUAAUGUAGCAUAUGUGCCGAGCUCCCCGGCAAACCUUAUCAGCUUAUCGCUAGUAACCGAUAAAGGCUAUCGGAUAUCAAUGGAUUGGGACCAAUUAGUCAUAUACAGUGCAAACAAUGAUCCGAUCACUUACGGAUCAAAACUGAGUGAUCGCAAACACGGAAAUUUAUGGAAAAUCAGUGGAACAGCAGUUAGUAAGGAAACAGCAAGAAUGAAGAAAACAACCAAUGAGUUGGCGCUGAUGAAACAAACCGGUCGAACUUGGUUCGAAUGGCACAAAACGCUAGGACAUAUUAGUCCGCAAGCUCUCCAACGCCUGAAAAGCACCGAAGCGAUCAAAGGAAUGGAAAUAAACGAAGACAAAGAAGGACUCAACUUCGAAUGCGAAGUAUGCAUACAAGCAAAGGCACAUACACGACCAUAUCCAAAUGAAUCGGCAACAAAAAUAUCCGAUAUUGGUGAGUUAAUAGUUACCGAUGUAUGGGGACCCGCGCGUACACUCUCAAUCAGCCGAUACAGAUACUAUGUAUCAUUCACAGACGUAGCUACAAGAUUUACUCGCCUGGGAUUCCUUAGGCACAAAGACGAAACGCUGAAUGAAUAUAAGGCAUUUGAAGCAAUGUUAAAUACACAAAAAGAAAAGAAAAUAAAGAAAGUCCGUUUCGAUAACGGAGGCGAGUUUGUGAACAAAGAAUGGAUUGAGUAUGCGGCACAGAAAGGGACGAUAUUAGAAACAAAGGCCCCGCAUUCAUCUCAGCAAAACGGUAUAGCUGAGAGAUUAAACUGGACACUCACCAAUAAGGCGCGAGCAAUGAUGCUCGAGUCAAACGCGCCAAAAUUCCUAUGGAACGAGGCGAUCGCAUACGCCUGUUACCUUAAGAAUUGA